AUGGAUGAUAUUAAAGAAGUAGAAUGUUUACAUAGAAAUUUUUCCAAAUUAAGUCGUGUAAGGUUAUUGAAUUUAUGUGGUUUGGGGAUUGAGAAAGUGCCACAUUCCAUUGAUAAAUUAAAGCACAUAAGAUUUCUCGAUCUUUCUGAUAAUAAAGGAAUUGAGUUCCUUCCUGAUUCCAUAAUUAAACUUCAAAACUUGCAAAUUCUACGCCUAGUCAACUGUGAAAGGCUUAAACAGUUGCCAAAGCAUAUCAAAAAGUUGGUCAAUCUCCAGCGACUUUUCCUUAAGGGAUGUGUUAGUUUGACUCAUAUGCCACAUGGGAUUGGUCAACUGACUUCUAUUGAGAAUUUAUCACUAUUCAUGGUAGACAAAGAUAACGGUGUCUCCAAACAUGGCGGUGCCCUUAGUGAAUUGAGUAACUUGAACAAUCUGAGAGAUAUGCUACGGAUCAUGAAUCUACGGUACGUGAAAAAUCCAACAUCUGAAUUUGAGGCAGCCAAUUUGAAAGAGAAGCAACACAUUCAAUCCUUGAAAUUAUCAUGGAAAUUGGGCCCUCCCUACGAUAAUGAUAGUGAUAGUGGUCCGGAUGAUGUUGAAAAUGAUGGAGAAAUGUCAUUAGAAGAGCUGCGGCCACACCUUAAUCUAAAAUGGUUGAUUGUGUUUGGGUGCGGAAGACUCUUGUUUCCAAGCUGGAUUUCUUCCCUCACUAAUUUGGUGAAUCUUCGAAUUGAUAACUGCAAAAAAUGCCAGCAUUUUCCACCGUUGGAUCAGUUCCCUUCACUUAAACAUUUGACGAUUGAGAAUUUAACUGAUCUGGAGUACAUAGAAAGUGGGAUUAAUUGCGACAAUGCAUUAUUCUUCCCUUCCUUAGAGAAACUCUGGCUCUUAAAUUGCCCAAAUCUGAAGGGCUGGAGGAGGGAUACAUCCAUGCCUCAGUUGCUACAAUUUCACUGUCUUGAUUAUUUGGCUAUCAGGUCUUGCCCUAACCUCACUUCAAUGCCUCUCAUUCCAUCUGUACAACAGUUGGUAUUGAUAAAUGCCAGCAAGAAGUCAUUGGAGGACAUACUGAAGAUGAAGAUUUCGGUGUCACAAUCUACCUCUUCUUGUGCUUCGAUUUCCCCUUCUCAAUUGACAAUUCUGCAUAUCGAGAAUAUUGAGGAUCUAGAAGUUCUGCCAGAGGAGUUGCUAACAAAUCUCAUAUCACUCCGACAACUUUAUAUUCGUUAUUGUCCACGAAUAACAAAGGUGUCUUCUGCUUUGCGGCAUCUAACCUCCCUCGAGCAUCUUGUCUUCUUGGCUUGUGAGGAGCUUGAUUUAUCUGAUUCAGAGGAGCAUAGUGAUAUGCCGUGGCAGUACCUUAGAAGCCUCCGGGACCUUCAGUUGAUAAAUUUGAACAAAUUGGAGUCCCUCCCAAAGGGACUUCAACAUGUUCCCACUCUGUGCAGACUCGUAAUCAAAAGUUGUCCUAAUUUGAUAUCUUUACCGGAGUGGAUAGGAAGCCUUAACGCAUUACAAGCUUUUAGGAUUCAUGAAUGUCCUCAACUGUCAGAAAGAUGCAAAAGCAAAAUGGGGGCUGAUUGGCCCAAGAUUGCUCACAUACCAAAAAUUUAUAUUGAGGAAGAUUGA